GGUAUCUAAACAAGUGCGUACGUUGCCUCAAGAAAUAAACUAAAUUGCAACCUUUAGUUUUUGAUUUAACUCGUCUCUGCGUAAACGUGCGGAAUGGGGAUUGGCGUCGCCUUUACUUAGGUAUAUAGAGAAAGCGGUUUUUCCCGGCGGAUCCCACUACCUGACCAAUACGUCAAUUAAUUUUUAAAAAAAUGCUUUACGGGAGUUCUUCGUAAUAAGUCGUUACCAGGCUUGCCAUACACUAAAAUGGAAAUAUUUUGAUAUAAACGCGCGACGCUGAAGAUAUUUGAAUUCACUUCAGCACGAGCUUUGGUACCAGCUGAAAGUAUGUGCGAUAUUUAAGUUAUUCAUCAACGGACUUUAGUUUAAUUAGUGCUUGGUGCUUUACUUAGUGAAACAUAAAUCUCACAAUGAAGCUGUCCAGUAAAAUUUAUAAUGAACGCUACCUAUACCAGUACCUUUCAACAGUAGCAGGCUCUUUCGCCGUUUUAAGUUUCGGUGUCAACUUAGGAUGGACCUCCCCAUACAACCCCCAAAUUAUCAACGGGACCUUUCCGGACAUCACCAUGACGAGCGAAGAGGGUUCGUGGAUCGCAGUGAUGCCACCGUUAGCAACGCCGGUCGGUGCAGUGAUUGGGGCGCUGCUGGUCGAUCGCAUCGGAAGAAAGCACACGACCCUUCUGAUGGCGCCCUUCACCUUGGCGAUGUUCAUCCUGUUGGCCUUCGCCAAAUCCGUUAUACUCAUCGGCUUUUCAAGAUUCGUAAUCGGUGUCGCAGAAGGCACUCUGUACACGACCUUGCCGAUGUACUUGGGGGAAAUCUCCGACCCCGCCAUUAGAGGCAUCCUAACUGCAAGCAUCGGGUUCGCAGUUCUGCUGGGAACGCUACUCAUCAACGUUUUCGGAUUUUACUUCUCAAUAUUCGUAACGUCGCUGGCCUGCUGCUUGAUACCCAUAAUUCACUUCUUCACCUUCAUGUGGAUGCCCGAAUCUCCCUACUACCUGAUCAAGAAGAAGAGGUACGACGAAGCCCGAAAAGCGCUAGAAGUGCUUCGAGGAGCCAUGGACAUCGAAGGGGAGAUGAAAUCGUUAUGCGACGCGGUCACUCGACAGGAAGCCGACGAAAAGGCAAGCUGGACGGACAUUUUCACGAUAAAAAGCAAUCGCCGGGCGGCCUUUAUCUUCGUAAUUCUAUGCUUGACGCGCAAAUUCAGCGGUAACAACCCGUUCCUCUUCUACACCGCUACGAUCUUUCACGCGGCCGGUGGCAGUUUGGACCCAAAUUUGUCGGUAAUAAUCUUCCUAUGCACUCAAAUCGUGGCCGCGACCGUCGCGCUGGAUUUACUGGACCGGUUCGGUAGGCGCCCCAUGAUAAUUGCGGCAACAGUCGUUGUCGUUAUCGCCUUAGCGGUCAUUGCCUCAUAUUUCUACCUGCAAGCCAUCGCGUCUCCUAUAAUCGCGCAUUUAGGCUGGUUACCACUGACGGUACUCGCAAUGUACAUCAUUUUCUACAAUUUAGGCUUAGAAUUAUCUCCAAUCGUCUAUCUUGGAGAACUCUUCCCGACUAACGUAAAAGCAACCGCGCUUGGCUUCGCCGAAACCUUUUCCGCCAUUUUCAGUAUUUUUACCGCUAAGAUAUUCCAAAUUCUCAAUGACAGUUACGGUAUGUACGUGCCGUUUUGGAUGUUUUCGAGCUGUUGCGUUAUAGGACUCAUAUUUAUAAUUAAGUGCGUGCCCGAAACGAAGAAUAAGACUUUAGAAGAAAUUCAAAUGGAACUCAUUAAAUCUAGUGCAAUAACGAAUGACGAGGAGAUGUGUACGAAACUGUGAUCUCUUUUUAGGACUUUGACGAGACAUUAUUAAAUUAGUGCCAUUUUUUAUUUAUUAUUGUAUUUAUAUGUCGAUUGAUGCGUUAGUUUAAUGUGUUCCUUAAGUUAUUUCGUAACAAACGCACUUCAGACUUGUAAUGUUCUAUAAAUACAUUAUCAAUCAUUA